AUGUAUCGAAUUUGGAACAUCUACGCGCUUGCCGCCAUUGGCACCAUUGGCGGUAUGCUCUUCGGUUUCGACAUCAGCUCCAUGAGCGCCUGGAUUGGCUCAGACCAAUAUCUCGAGUUCUUCAACCACCCAGGUUCAACAGAGCAGGGCGGCAUCACAGCGUCCAUGUCAGCCGGAUCCUUCGUCGGCGCCCUCAUCGCUGGUGUUAUCGCCGAUCGCCUUGGUCGACGAAAGGCUCUCAUGAUUGCUUGUUUUUUCUGGAUCGCUGGUGCUGCUCUCCAGUGCUCUGCGCAGAAUGUUGCCCAUCUGAUUGUUGGCCGUAUCGUUAGCGGUGUCGCUGUUGGUAUCACGAGUUCGCAGGUUCUUGUGUACCUCGCUGAGCUUGCGCCUUCGGAUAUUCGAGGUCGUGUGGUUGGUAUUCAGCAGUGGUCUAUUGAAUGGGGUAUCCUCAUCAUGUACCUCAUCUCCUACGGCUGCUCCAUUGGCGUCGAUGGCCCCGCCGCCUUCCGCAUCGCAUGGGGCAUCCAAGCCAUUCCCGGUUUCAUCCUCCUCGGCGGUCUCUUCUUCUUCCCAGAGUCACCCCGAUGGCUCGCCCAGCACGACCGUUGGGAGGAGGCUCACUUCAACCUUGCCCACCUCCACGCCGGUGGUGAUCUCGACAGCCCCGUUGUCAUCGCCGAGAUGGAGGAGGUCCGCGAAGCCGUCCGUAUUGCCCGUGAGUCCAAGGACAUUGGCUAUCUCGGCCUCUUCGCUUCUGGUGUCUGGAAGCGCACUGUCGUUGGUGUUAGUGUGCAGAUCUGGCAGCAAUUGCUUGGUGGCAAUGUCAUGCUUUACUACCUCGUCUACAUCUUCAACAUGGCCGGAAUGACUGGAAACACCGCCCUCACAUCCUCCAUCAUCCAAUAUGUCAUUUUCCUUGUCACAACAGGUCUUGUCCUUCCCUUCAUCGAUCGUCUCGGUCGCCGACCUCUUCUCAUCGGCGGAGCUUUGAUCUGUGGUAUUCUGCACUUCACCAGUGGAGCUGUCAUGGCUGUCCACGGCUACCCCGUCGACGGUAUUGAGGGCAACGACAUCUUGACUUGGGCCAUCAAGGGAGCUCCCGCAAAGGCUGUCAUCGCCCUGGCAUACAUCUUCGUCGGAGUCUACGGUCUCACCUGGGCACCCGUUGCUUGGAUCUACGCCAGUGAAGUCUUCCCCCUGAAGUACCGCGCCAAGGGUGUCGGUCUCGCCGCCUCUGGUAACUGGAUCUUUAACCUAGCCCUUGCCUUCUUUGUUCCACCAUCCUUCACCAACAUCCAGUGGCAGACAUACAUGAUUUUCGGCACCUUCUGCAUCGCCAUGACCUUCCACGCGUUCUUCACCUACCCGGAGACCGCACGCAAAACCCUCGAGGAAGUUGAGGCCAUCUUUGACAGCAACUUGCCUGCUUGGCGUAGUACCAAGGCCAGCGGUGGCUUUGGAGACCGGGUCGAGGAGGCCAAGCGAACGGGAGGUCUCAAGGGAGAGGUUGACGAGCGGGAGACAACUCACACUGAGACUGCAUAG